AUAACUGAUGCACAAAAUUCAUUGAAGGGGAAAUGGGUACUGAGGCUUCAGCAAGACUUGUUAGUAAAUUUAUAAUUUUCUGCCUCAUCUUCACUCUUUGGCAGCUUGGUUCUGAAUUCAAAAAUCGGAGUAUAGCUCAAACGUUGCCCGAUGAAGAAGUGAGAGCUUUUAAGCAAGUAGCAAAAAAGUUGGGGUUAAACCUUGGAUAUCCUGGAGUGUUCUUAGAUGGCUCAUUCUGCAACCAGAGCUUAUUUCUUGGCAUCGGCUGUAACUGCACUUUUCAAAACGACACCAUCUGCCAUAUCAGAAAAAUUGAACUGAGUGCUAGCGGUUUGACUGGAGUUAUACCUGAUGAACUGGCCAAUCUCACACAUCUAGAGAGCCUGGAUCUCAGUAUGAAUCAAUUGACUGGUUCCAUACCUGCUAGCUUGGGGAAUUUAUCUUGGCUCAAUGACCUGGAUAUUUCGAACAAUCAAUUGAUCGGGUCCAUUCCAGAGAGUUUGGGGAAUAUAAAAUUUCAAGCGCACUACUCCAUUAAGAAGGUUGACAUGAUUCGGGAGUACUUUAAUCUGGAUCUUUCAAGCAAUCAUUUGAGUGGAUCCAUACCCGUCACUUUAGGGAAAUUGGCUGUCCCAUCGGCUGCCAACAGCGGAUCGCCCCUAGCGCUCUCCCUGGAUCUUUCAAACAAUCAAUUGACCGGGCCUAUACCAGAGAGCUUAGGGAAUUUGACUUUUGGGAACACACAUAUUUAUCUGUACGACAACUUUCUCAGCGGCUCUAUACCAGCAUCUUUGGGUGCAUUGUCUCAUCUCCGGACACUGGAUUUGCAUAACAAUGGAAUCUUUGGUACUCUCCCACAGACACUUGGAAAUUUGACAUACCUUCGAGGCUUCAAGGUCGGAUCCAACAGUAUCACCGGCACAUUACCAAAAAGUUUUGCCAGCCUUCAAUCGCUGACGAAAUUUUCUGCAGCUGGUAACUAUUUGUCUGGCCCUUUACCUGACUUCAUAGCCAACUGGACUGAAAUCGAAGAACUUUAUCUCAACGGAAACAAUUUCCACGGAAGGAUACCUGCCGGAAUUUUUAAUAUAUCGUAUCUACAAAUUUUGGCAAUAAGUGACGUCGGAGCAGACUCUAAUUUCCAGUUCCCACCAUCUACACAUGUGACGACAAGUUUUUUUCAUCGUAUUCUGAUACUAAGAAACUGCUCAAUCACUGGUCAAAUUCCUUCUUACAUUGGAAAUAUGUCAUCAUUAUCGAACCUAGACUUGAGCUUCAACAACUUAACGGGUAGAAUCCCAGAUGCUUUGAAAAACUUAAAUUUAAGUUACAUAUCUUUUUCAAACAAUAUGCUUUCUGGGGAAAUUCCUGAUUGGAUUCAAAAUGCAAACUGGAGUAAGAUUGAUCUUUCAUACAAUAAUUUUUCAAAACCAACAUUUGAAAAAUCGUCCAAGUUAGACUGGAAUUUGUUUUCCUGCUGCUGCAACUUCUCAACCUGUCUGCCAAAUACAACGGACCCAACCACGGAGAAGUAUUGUCCAAGGCCUAAUUACCAUUCAUUGUUUAUAAAUUGUGGUGGUGGGGAGCCGAUUAAGGUUGAUGGAAAUGUAUAUGAUCAAGAUAAUGAUACAUUACAGUUUUACCUAAGUCCAAAAGGAAACUGGGCUCGAAGUAGUGCUGGAAGCACCGUUGAUGCCUUCAAUUCCAGUGAAUUCUUAAAAAGCAUGAGAUGUGGGCUUUCCUCUGAAGCAACUUUAUACAAGAGUGCUCGCAGUUCCCCGGUCUCUCUAAAAUAUUACGGGUUCUGUUUACGUAAAGGCAAAUACAGGGUAAUACUUCAUUUUGCUGAAAUUGUUUGCGAGGAUAUGAGUUACAAAAGUACAGAUAAACGCAUAUUUGACGUAUAUAUUCAGGGUGAGAGGAAACUAAGGGAUUUCAACAUUAUAGAGAAGGCAGGAGGUCCGAAUUUAGUACAUGGAGAAAAUUUCACAGCGGUUAAUGUAAAUGAUGGUGUAUUAGAGAUCCACUUCUACUCGGCGGGAAAAGGGACUCUUCAGGGACCUCUCAUAUCUGCUAUAUCCGUAACUCCAGAGUACAAGCUACACAAACAACUAUCUCCUUUGCACAUAGCGCUCAUUACUGUGGCCUCAAUCAUAGCUUUCGUAUUGCUUUUAUUGCUUUUUGCCUGGAUGAUGGGAUGGCUGGGUACAGAUCACUUACAAGAAAUAGAUAUAGGUCUAGAAAAGCCUGUCACCCUCAAACAAUUAAAAGUUGCUACAGGGAAUUUUAGCAAGAGGAAAGAGAUUGGUCAAGGGGGUUUUGGGACCGUUUACAAGGCUGAAGUGCAAGGAAAAAUUGUAGCUGUGAAGAAACUUUCCUCUCAUUCAGAGGAAAGGAUAAAUCAGUUGAAAAAUGAGUUUUAUGCUUUGAAAUCAAUGAGUCAAGAGAACCUUGUUCAGUUACUGGACGUUUACAAUGCAAAAGGCCUGCAUUUGCUCAUCUAUGAAUAUAUGCAAAACAAAUCCCUUGCACACGCUUUAUUUGACUCAAAGUCCAAAUUGAAACUUGAUUGGGAAGCUAGGUUUAACAUUUGCUUGGGAAUAGCUAGGGGAUUGGCGUAUCUACAUGAGCAUCCCAGGCUGAAGAUGGUUCACAGGGACAUUAAAUCAGCUAAUAUUCUUCUCGAUGGAAACCUCAAGGCUAAAAUAUCAGACUUUGGAUUGGCAAGCCUUUACACCGAAGAUGAUCAAUUCAAGUUCGUCAAAGUAGAAGUGACAGAGGGAUAUAUGGCACCCGAGUAUGUUCGAGGAGUUGUGACAUCUAAAGCUGAUGUCUACAGUUUUGGGGUGGUUAUACUUGAAACUGUUAGUGGAAGGAAAAAUGCAGGACACAAGCGAGAUAGCCAGGAAACUGAAUUUCUUUUAGACACGGCUUGUGAUUUACAGCGAAAAGGAAAGUUGGUGGACUUGGUUGAUAAAACCUUGUCUAACAAAUAUGAUGCAAAACAAGCCAUCAUCAUCUUGAAUUUAGCAGUAAAGUGCAUCAAUAUAUCGCCAACUCUGAGGCCUACUAUGUCUGAAGUUGUGAGUGUUCUCGUUGGCGACAAAAAAAUUGAGGAGAUCUGUUCCUCUGAUCAGAUUGAGGACAUCAACGACCCCCAUGUGAAGGAUAUCGCAGAGUUCGCAGUGUCGAAGUACAACAAGAAAUCCGGGAAGAAGCUGGAGUUACAGAGCGUGGUGAAGGGCGAGACUCGGGUCGUCCCCGGCGAGAAUUACCGGCUCGUCAUCGCAGUCAAGGAUAACUCGGUGGCGGCCAAGUACGAGGGCGUUGUGUAUGAGAGGUUUUGGGAGCAUACUAGGGAAUUGCUCUCCUUCGAUAGUCACAUUGCACAAGUUGAUUCCUCUGUUUCUAUGGAAGUAACCUCGAGAGCAUCCACACCAUCCAAUUUGAUCAAAGGGGAAGAUGAAACAGAACACAUUUCUGAGAGUACCCCCUAGAGAUUUCCAAAUGAAACACAGUAGUCUAGCCAAACGUCUCUGUCUAUUUUUUUUUCCUUGUUUUUGGACUUGAUGGACUCUACUGCGAUCUGUAUUUAACAUGUACAGAAUAGAUUCCUGGCUUUGUCUUGUCAAAUUGGAUGUUAGCUAGGUAUCACCGCCAACGCUAAUACAUGAAUUUGAAAUUCUUCUAAUCUAAAA